UGGAACUGCUAAAGGUAAGAAACUACAAUUCCCAGCAAGCUGCAGGCACGGACGGCAACCAUAGGGAGAGCCGAUCGAGGAGCUCUGCGCGCGCUGCAGGGAUGGAACGUUGCUACAGUUCGCGGGUCUGACUGCUAGGGGCCAAAACUGCACGCUGGGAGCAGCUACGCGCCAAAGCGGGAAUCCAGGAGGCGGGCAGUCCUGCAAUUAAUGCACGUAUUUAAAACUCCGGACCCAGUGGACGCCAUGCACAGGAAGCACCUCCAGGAGAUUCCAGACCAGAGUAGCAACGUUACCACCAGCUUCACCUGGGGAUGGGAUUCCAAUAAGACUUCUGAACUGUUGUCAGGCAUGGGGGUCUCCGCCCUUGAGAAGGAGGAGGUGGACAGUGAGAACAUUCCCCAGGAACUGCUCCCAAACGUGGGCCACCCACAGAGCCCCCCACGGAAAAGGCUGAAAAGUAAAGGAAAUGAUAAAGAUUUUGUGAUCAUCCGCAGGCCUAAGCUCAAUCGAGAGAACUUUCCAGGUGUUUCAUGGGACUCCCUCCCAGAUGAGCUUCUCCUGGGGAUUUUUUCUUGUCUGUGCCUCCCUGAGCUGCUGAGAGUGUCUGGUGUCUGUAAGAGGUGGUACUGCCUUGCGUUUGACGAGUCUCUUUGGCAGACCCUAGACCUCACAGGUAGAAAUCUGCACCCAGAUGUGACUGGUCGUUUGCUGUCGCGAGGAGUGAUUGCCUUCCGCUGCCCACGAUCAUUUAUGGACCAGCCAUUGGUUGAACAUUUCAGCCCUUUCCGCGUACAGCACAUGGACCUGUCGAACUCCGUUAUAAAUGUGAAUACCCUCCUUGGCAUUCUGUCUCGGUGCACCAAGUUGCAGAAUCUAAGCCUGGAAGGCCUACAGCUUUCAGAUCCCAUUGUCAAUAAUCUUGCACAGAACUCAAAUUUAGUGCGACUAAACCUUUGUGGGUGUUCUGGAUUUUCAGACUCUGCUCUAAAGACUUUGCUAAGCAGCUGUUCCAGGCUGGAUGAGCUGAAUCUGUCCUGGUGCUUUGAUUUCACUGAAAAGCAUGUGCAAGUGGCUGUAACACAUGUGUCAGAAACAGUCACCCAGCUGAAUCUCAGUGGCUAUAGAAAGAAUCUCCAGAAGUCAGAUGUCUCUACCUUAAUUAGAAGAUGCCCCAACCUUGUCCAUCUAGACUUAAGUGAUAGUAUCAUGUUGAAGAAUGAUUGCUUUCCAGAAUUUCUCCAGCUCAACUACCUCCAACACUUGUCACUCAGUCGGUGCUAUGAUAUAAUACCUGAAACACUACUUGAACUUGGAGAAAUCCCUACACUGAAAACACUACAAGUUUUUGGAAUCGUGCCAGAUGGUACCCUUCAACUAUUAAGAGAAGCCCUUCCUCAUCUGCAGAUUAAUUGUUCCUAUUUCACUACCAUUGCCAGGCCAACUGUUGGCAACAUAAAGAACCAGGAGAUAUGGGGCAUCAAAUGCCGCCUGUCACUGCAAAAGCCCAAUUGUCUAUGAAGUAUUUACUACAGGAUGGUUUCUUUUCUCCCUUUGGAAUGGGUGAAGCAAGGAAGAAGCCCAAUUGCUGGACACUUGGCUAGUUUUAUUACUGAUUUUCCUUUAGCCUUUAUCCUGCACGUAUUUUAGGGAAGCAUUUAAAAGAGAAAGCUAUGAAGUAUUGCUUUUUUUAAAAGGACUUUUAAAACUUCUUUUGGUGCUGGGCCCUUAAGAGCCUUUGGAGGUUUUAGGAGAAUGAGCCUGUAAUUUCCAGAUGACUUUUUAAAAGAUCAGAAUUUGAGCCACACCUUUCAAGCGCCCUUUUGAUUAAGUCUAUUUUGAAUCAAACUUUAAAAAUUACUACAGGCUAACUGUUGUCACAGCCUGUGUGGUAACUUUUAUGCAUUGAAUUUUCUAAUAUUUUAUAAGACACAGCUUAGGAGAACUUUUAGCUAUGUAUGUACUAUGAGCUGAACAGAAUCACAGAAUAGUGUUUGAGGUAAUCUUUUCUGGGGGUUAAUGCAUUUCAGUUUUAUAUCUAUCUACAUUUAAAAUUAGUUUAUCAGAAAAUGUACUGUAAUUCACCAUAACCCCUAAAUAAAAAGAAACAAGUUAAAGAUGAUCAGAGGUUUAAAAAUGGUAUAGGAUUUGAAGGCUCAGGAGACAGUUCUAUGCCAGGUUAAUCUGAAGAGUCCUUUAAUGUAUUGUGUUCUCAGAAUUUUGAAUUAGGUAAAGAAGUGUUAUUGUGGUUUUCUAACUUUAUAAUCAAAUUAUGUUAUUAUGGGUUGUUAGCUUUUUACAAUGGCUUGCUUUUAGAGAUGAUAUCAUCAUAAUCAGUCUAUUGAAAGUUGGAUGGAAGAAUUCUGAACUGAUACUGCCUGUUUUCUUUUAGUGCUAAAGUUAUUACUCUGGAAUCAAGUAUUUUAAAUCGUCUUUUUUUAAUGGUCUCUCAAAAUAACUGUUUGAAACUACACAGUUUGUAAUGUUACCGGACCUAUGAAGAGCUUAUUCCUUUAAAUCACAAAUGCACUAGAAGCAAGUGUUCCCACUUUUGGCCACUACUUACACCUACUCCUGUAGAUCUCAGUCAUGGAAAUUUUUGAUGGCACGAAUAGUUUUCUUUCGAAACCUAGUGCAUACAAGCAGAAAGACUAAAUGGUUUGUAAAAAUCACCAAAAAAUUAAUAAACCUAGUUUUAAGUUGAGACCUAUUUUCACAAUGUAACAAAAAAGCCAAAAACCCAUCUUUUCUAUUAACCAUUUAAUAGUUUACCCUGAGUGUCACUCAGGCAGCAGAUCUGUUUACAUACUGACUACCCCGAGUUUUGCUCGAGAAAGUGUCUUUUCAACCAGUUGAUUCUUCUAUUGAAUAUAUUUGAUAAAACUGUUGUUUUUGUAUUUCCUGUUACAAAAAAAUUAAUGAAAAAAUAUGCAAUACUUGGUCAUCCUGUAUUUAAACAACUGGACUGGUAAUUGGUUAACUUUUUUAAGUUAAAUUUUAAAGGUUAAAGAUAUGGUAAUAGAUGAAGUGCCCUUAUUUGCUCAGGCCUAAUGAAGACUAUUUAGUGUUAUACAGGAAAUGAUUAUGUUUCAGUGUCUUAGUUAAAAAGUGCUAACUACUACUUGAAAUUGUUGUUUACAGAUUAGUGACAAGGGCUGGUGAUAGGAUCCCGGUGGACUCUGAUCUCCGGGUGCCUUCAUACUUACCGUGCCUGUGCUUCCAAACUUAGUUCCAACAAUAAGCUAUUUUUCCAACAGGUCAGAGUAAUCUGUAUUUUUGUAUGUGAUUUCUACUUUUAUAGACUUGUUUUCAAAUAAAACACGUUUUUGUAAAAAUGGUAA